CUGAACUGCGCUCUCCUGAUUCUUCCCAUUUUUCUUCAUACAUAUAAUGUCCAUCGAAAUUGAAUCGGAAGAUGUUAUUCGGCUUAUUCUGCAGUUUUUAAAAGAAAAUCAACUCGAGCAUACAGCGAGCGUUUUGGAAGACGAGACGUUGGUGACGUUAAACACAGUGGAAAGCAGAGACACCUUUACCAAGGACAUUGCACAAGGACGAUGGGAUACCGUAUUGAAACAAGUGUCGCAUCUCAAGAUUCCUCCACGGAAACUGAUGGAUCUUUACGAACAGGUCAUUAUCGAGUUGGUAGAAAUGAAGGAACACAGUGCAGCACGAACGCUGUUACGGCAAACGGAACCGAUGUUCUUACUGAAGCAACACCACCCGGAACGGUACUUACGGCUAGAGCACUUGCUGUCACGAAGUUUAUUCGAUCCAAAAGAUGCUUAUGCCAGCGGCAUGACACGCGAUAAACGUCGUCAAAUUAUUGCGCAAGCGUUAGGCAGCGAAGUGGCGGUGGCACCACCAUCCCGACUAAUGACAUUGCUGGAACAAUGUGCACAGUGGCAGCAUCAACAAGGCAUCUUAUCGUCGGAUGCCGACUUUGACGUAUUUCAAACCACCGCCACCGUGGAAUCCAAGGAAGAUGCCGAUGCACUGGCCAAUGAAAUUUAUUGCACCAUCAAAUUCCCUGGAAAAAAUGCGUACGCGGAAUGUUCUCUAUUUUCACCCAACGGACAGUAUUUUGUUACGGGAUCAGUGGAUGGGUUCAUCGAAGUAUGGAAUCACAGCAAUGGGAAACUACGUAAAGAUUUGAAUUAUCAAGCCGAGGACAACUUGAUGGCGAUGGAUGAAUCUGUGAUAUCACUUGGCUUUAAUAGCACCAGUGAACUUUUGGUGUCGGGCUCCACCGACGGCAAAAUUGCGAUUUGGAAAACCCAAUCCGGGUUUUGUCAACGGCGGUUCUCGCCCGCGCACAGCCAAGGUGUCACUUCGGUCUGUUUCAAUCGCCAAGGCACCGAAGUGUUGAGCGGCAGCUACGAUAAGACAGUGAAAAUCCAUGGUGUGCGAUCGGGAAAAAGCUUGAAAAAGUUCACUGGCCAUGCAUCCUUUGUCAACACAGUGUUGUACGUAAAAGACGAUACCUGCGUUUUGAGUGGAGGCAGUGAUGGCACUAUCAAGAUGUGGGAUGUUGCAGAGGAAGCUUGUUUGUAUACCAUUAAUCCGGCAAUGAAUUCAUCCGCGGCAUUGGCGGUGCAAUCGAUCCUCUCUGUGCCUUUGAUUACGGAUCAAGUGCUCGUGUGUAACAAGAGCAAUCGAUUAGCGUUGAUGACGAUGGACGGCAAAGUAACGAAAACGUUUUCACACGGCAAGGAGAAAGGCGCCGAUUUUAUUAGCGCGGCGGCAUCUCCUCAUGGCGAGCUCAUCUAUGCCAUUGCCGAAGAUUCGGCAGUGUACUGUUUCUCGGUAGCCAGCGGGAGUCUGUUGGGUGAAACGAAAAUCUCGGACAGCGAACUGGUUGGCAUAUCCAGCCAUCCAUUGUCCAACAUUGUUGCAUGCAACGAUGAUCAAGGCCAUGUAUAUUGUAUUUCAAGUAAAUAACAUCAUUUUUUACAUUCUAGAAAGAUUAAAGAAGCACAUACAGCAUAUAUGUAUCUGUAGAGAGUCGUAAACCCAUCUCUACAAAACA